AUGGGGAGUGACGUCGGUGUUGCACUAGGAGAUUCUACAAUGAAGGCCAACCCAGGGAAAGCUACGAUUCUGGCUCUUGGCAAGGCCUUCCCUCACCAGCUUGUCAUGCAGGAUUAUCUGGUUGAUGGAUAUUUCAGAGAUACCAACUGUGAUGAUCCAGACCUCAAGGAGAAGCUGGCUCGACUUUGUAAGUCCAUCUCUCACCAGCUAUCUAUAUGCAUGAAUUGUAGAUCUCAAACAACGACAGUCAAAACUCGGUAUGUGGUCAUGUCAGACGAGAUUCUAAAGCGAUGUCCAGAGCUUGCACUUGAGGGUAUUCCCACAGUGAAGCAAAGACUAGACAUUUGCAACGAUGCUGUAACACAGAUGGCCAUUGAAGCUUCACAGGCUUGCAUCAAGAAUUGGGGCAGACCUGUUUCAGACAUAACACAUGUGGUCUACGUCUCAUCCAGUGAAGCUAGACUACCUGGUGGAGACCUUUACCUAGCAAGAGGACUUGAACUCUCCCCACAGACUAAGAGAGUCAUGCUUUACUUCUCGGGCUGCUCCGGUGGCGUGGCAGGUCUUCGUGUAGCAAAAGACAUUGCCGAGAACAACCCAAACAGCAGAGUUCUGCUUGCUACUUCUGAAACUACUAUUAUCGGCUACAAGCCACCGAGUGCACAUAGACCAUAUGAUCUUGUUGGCGUAGCACUGUUCGGUGAUGGUGCUGGAGCAAUGAUCAUUGGCUCAGACCCGGAGAUAGUCUCUGAAAAGCCUCUAUUUGAGCUUCACACGGCUCUUCAGGAAUUCUUGCCAGGCACAGAGAAGACCAUAGAUGGAAGGCUCACAGAAGAAGGGAUUAGUUUCAAGUUAGGAAGAGAGCUUCCUCAGGUAAUCGAAGAUAAUGUAGAGGGGUUCUGUGGAAGGUUGAUGGAUGCAGUUGGGUUUGAUAACAAGGAAUACAACAAUAUGUUCUGGGCUGUUCAUCCAGGGGGUCCUGCAAUCUUGAAUCGGAUGGAGAAGCGCCUGGAUUUGUUGCCAGAAAAGCUUAAUGCUAGCAGAAGAGCUCUGAUGGAUUAUGGGAAUGCUAGCAGCAAUACUAUUGUGUAUGUGCUUGAGUACAUGAUAGAAGAGAGCAAAAAGAUCAAGAAAGAGCAAUCAUGUGGUGAAUGGGGUUUGAUUCUGGCCUUCGGACCUGGCAUAACUUUCGAGGGAAUCCUAGCAAGGAACCUUACUAUCUAAGUAUGAAUACGAGCCUCAUGUAGCAGUGGAACUUUUAUUUCUGCUAUGAUUAUAAAUGACCCAUCGAAUACAUGCUGGGACAAAUAAGUUGUUCAUAAC